AUGAGCUUCCCACCGCCCAAUUCCGGUCAAUAUCCGCAAUAUAUCCCUCCUCCGCAAUACCAGCCUGGCCGCGUCGCCCCGCCGCAGUUCCCAUACAAUGUCGCGCUCCCUUCGCCGUCGCCCUACGGCUACAGUAAACCGGCAGGUUAUCCACCGGGGAUGAUGCAGCAGCAGCCACAGCAGAUCUGGAAUCAAUAUGGCCAUCAAUAUGCACAGCCGAUGUCACCGCAAGCGCAGCAGCAGCAGCAGCAGCAGCAGCAGCAACAGCAACAACCACAACCAACCCUCCAGCCUGCGGCCCUCAUCCACCCCCAACACCUCGCGCAACCUCAGCAUCCGGCCUUCUCUCAAGCGCAGCAGAUUCCCAUGUCGCAACUGCAGCAACCCCCGAUCUCUCAACCCCGACAAUCUCCGGUAGUCCAGCCGCAUCAGUCACCCCUUCAUCAACCACAGCAGCCAUCUCCCCGUCUACAGAUGCAGCAACAGUCUCCCCGAAUCCAGAUGCAGCCGCAACAAUCUCCGAGACCCCAGAUGCUUCAACAGCAACAGCAAUCCCCACGCCCACAAUUUCAACAGCAGUCUCCACGGCCGCAAUAUCAACAACAACAACAACAACAACAACAACCAUCUCCCCGUCCCCAAUUCCAACAACAGUCUCCUCUUGUCCAGUUGCAACAGCUGUCGCCUCGACCUCAGGUGCAACAGCCAUCUCCUCGGCCGCAACUGAAGCCGCAGCCGGUGUCACAAGCUCAGAUGCAACAGCAUCAGCCGCAGCAACAACAACAUCAGCAGCCGCUAUACCAGAAGCCGCAGCAGCAGCAUCAACCGCAGUCGCAGCAUCAGCACCAGCACCAGCAAGCACAGCACCAGCAAGCGCAGCACCAGCAAGCGCAGCAUCAGCAGCCGCAGCAUCAGCACCAGCACCAGCAAGCACAGCAUCAGCAUCAACCGCAACCGCAGCACCAGCAACCGCAAUACCAAGCUCAACAGUCCCCGAUCUCCAAACCUCAGACCAUUCCACCUCAACCUCGGCCACCACCUAUGCCACCAGCGCCUCCUCCAUCAUUGCCACCAGAGGAGCCACAGCAUCAGUUCAUCAAUCCAGCCGAGCUUUUUGUCCAGCCACCACUCCCUACCGCCCCUCGGUCACGAUAUGGUUCCUUAUCGCAAUUUGUCGACCCAAGUGAAUUGUCGACCUCGAUCGAGUUACCUCCGAUGCCAUCUAUUACUUCAUCAACUCCUCCACCGGCUGAACUCAAAGUCCCCCAAGCGCCUGAGGUUUCGGACCAGAAACCUUCACCAGUGAAUCUUGAACAAAGCACGGAGAAUGUUCCCAAGCAAUGGGAAGAAAAGCAGCCAGAGAUACAGAUAAAGCCUCUACCUCCACUAUAUCCCGUCGACAAGCCAGCCGUGAAGACGGAGUCUGCAAAGGCUAAGCCUGCAACGAAAAAAGAAGUGAAGCAACCCGCAGUGGCACCCAAGAAAGAGCCGAAGCAAGCUGCGGCCGCACUAAAACCUGCGGCACCAAAACCGGCGGCGGCGCCUAAACCAGUGCCACAGAAAGCAGCAACGCCAAUACAAUCUCAGACAACUCCCUCGCCUACGAAGUUUGGCAUUCCGCAAGUGAUGGUGCCAGCUCCUUCUCAAGAGUUUCGCUCCAGCAGUCCGAAGCAAACCCCGAAAAAAUUACCGCCCAAGAAACAGCCAAGUCAACAGAUCGCUGAUAAAGUCGCGAAACCGUCUAAACCGCCAGUGGACUACCAGGUCUUGCUACUUUCAUUGGCGGAUGAAUACUUGAACGCUGCGCAUCGUCAUGGAACUAAAACGGCUCUUGUUACUAGCCAGGAAGAUGUUGAGGAGUACUAUAAGCUAGUCUCAACGGGGCUUGGAUGUUUAGAGGCAGUCUUGAAGAAUUGGCGGCUACAACCUCGCAAGGAAGCUCUUGUGCGGCUUCGUUAUGCUCGAACAUUGUUCGAGGAAACUGACAAUGAUCUCGAGGCCGAAACGGCAUUGAGCAAAGGCAUUGAUCUUUGCGAACGAAACCGAAUGCUAGACUUGAAAUACAGCAUGCAGCAUCUUUUGGCGCGUAUGCUCCACAAGACUAACCCGAAGGCUUCGCUGAAGGCGGUCGACGGCAUGAUCCAGGACGUGGAAGCAUAUCGCCAUGCGGCUUGGGAGUAUACCUUUCGUUUUCUACGCGUAACUUUAUCACUGUCCUCUUCGUCACAUCAAGACUCUGUGCAGGCUCUCCAACAUUUGACCAAAAUUUCAGCCAUGGCAAGUCACAAUGGAGAUAAGGCUGUUGCAGCAAUGGCUGCCGUCAUAGAAGCAUUGGCGCACUUGCAGCAGGGCACAGGUUCCGAUGCUAUUGAGCAAGCACAGCGUGCCAUAGCCCUUGCGCGCAGCCAUCAACUGAAUGAUGAGCUUCGGCAUAUCCCACAGCUCGCUACCCUUACUCAGAUGGUUGAUAUCUGUUGCAGUCUGUUGGAGUACGACAUGCCCCAGGCUUCUCAGAAACUCAAGGUCUUGCAAACCUUGGCAGACGAAACCCUUCAUGACCCGAACUGGCAUGCCGAUGGAUCAUUCUCCAUUCCUCUGAAUGGAAAGUCUGCCGGCCCGUCUUCUAUCGACACGGGUGAUAUUCUUCAGGUGCAGAAUGGCACGGUACUUCUUAGCUUCAGUUGGCUUCCCCAGUACGACCUGUAUGCGCUCUCAUAUUUCCUGAGCUCAAUCACUCUCAGUGCCAAGAACUCUUAUGAUGGUCGGAAGGCGGAGCAAUUCCUCGAUGAAGGGCUUCGAAUGAUUCAAGGAGGCUUCACAACCCCCCAGGAGAUUCCCGAGUCAAUGGUGAAUGCUACGAGACGUGUCGAAUGGCGCCGGUCCCUUUGCUGCAAUUUCCUUCUACAGCGGGUCUUCCUAGCUUGUGCCCGCACCGACUGGGAUUACGCUACCCAGUAUCUGGAAGAGCUCCGGCAAUUCACCCAGGAGUGCGGUCCCAACCUGCCCAGGUCUAUUGAAUGUUUGAUGGAAUACGCUGCUGGCACUAUCGCCCAAGCCACUGGUGAUCUCACCCAGGCAUUGAGCAUCUUCCAAUCCCCUUUGUUACUACUUUCACCAUCGGCCAGCAAGACAGCACGCAACGACCCAUGUCGGGACACAUGCAUUCUCGCAGCACUCAACACUAUCCUUAUCAUUCGCGACCCCUCUCACCCUUCCCAUUCCCAGCUUCCUGCCAUCCAAGCAACCCUCGAGCCCUUCUGCCAGAAUGGACCAAACAAGUACAUCCAAGCAGCUUAUUAUCUUGUCUGUGCCACUGUACAGACAGAAUCAACCAUUCAGACCAAAACAUUCCUCCAGCACGCCCUGCAGUCUGCGACAGCUAUCAGCAAUUCCCAAAUCACCUGCAUGACCCUCACUUUCAUGAGCUGGAAGUACUUCCGUGGCGUUGUCGGCGAACAAGCCGAGAAGAGUGUCCGAGCCGGUCGCGCCAUGGCUAAACGAGCCAACGACCGUCUUUGGGCUAGUGUCACCGAUGAGAUGCUUGCGGAGACCCUCGAGCGACAUGGAAAAGGUGAUGAAGCUCGUAGUGUGAGGGAGGAAGGUCAGCGGUUGAUUACGGGUCUCCCGCCUAGCUUGAAGCGUCCGGUCUGA